AUGGCUUCGUAUCUGGUCACCGGUGCAUCUCGUGGUCUUGGCUUGGCAUUGGUCUCCCGAUUGGCUACCUUACCAGCAACAGAAGUGGGAAAGAUAAUUGCCACUGCACGCUCCGAUAAUUCGCAUAAGCUAAAGGAGAUUGUGAACGCUUCGCCAGGUCGAGUUGAAUGGGUCAGAUUAGAUGUUACCGACCAGAAAAGUGCACUGGAAGCUGCCAGUGAGGUGGAAGGCAAGCUGCAUGGCAGAGGACUUGACUAUCUUAUCAACAAUGCCGGUCUGAUGGAUUACUCGCCGACCGGGGUGGAGGGAAUGGACAAUCUCAAUGAAAUCUUCCAUACGAACGUGACUUCUGUGCAUACCGUGACACAGGCAUUCUUGCCUCUUUUACGCCAAGGGGGCAAGAAGACGAUAGUAAACAUAUCGAGUACUGUUGGAACUUUUGCCAAAGCGGGAGAUUUUCGCGUUGCACCUACACCUGCCUAUAAGGUGUCCAAGGCUGCACUGAACAUGUUAACUGUCCAAUAUGCCCAGCAGUAUGAGAUAGAAGGCUUCACUGUCCUAGCUGUCAGCCCCGGUUGGUUGCGCACCGAUCUCGGCUCAUCUCGGGCGGAUUUGCCCGUUGAAGUGGGUGCUGAAAAAGUCGUGGAUAUCGUGCAAAAGAGCAGUCCAUCUCAAAACGGGAAGCUAAUUAACAUACAUGUUCCGGGCUGGGAGAAUGCGCCAGGACCCAACCAGUAUCCUGGUGGAGAGGCCGCAUGGUAG